CUCCGAAAGUGGAAUGAUGAUCAUAGGAGCCGCUCAUCAUCAAUUUGCUCGAAGCGCUGAUCAGUCUGGGCGCGCUCGUUGGCUGCUCUGCCCACUCAUAAGUUGGACGAGUGACCAUGCAAUGCCCGAUCCAAAGGUGUCAGCCCUCCGCAAGCGGGACCGUGGGCGAGGGUGCGUCAGUGGUGGUGCCUGCGCGCGCGCGUGACAAGGCGUGUGGCAGCGCCCGCGCGGAGGCAUUGAAAGAGAACGACCUUAUUGCGGACGCCCGAUGCCGCGUGGGCGGCAGGGAGCCAGGCGGAAAGGCGGACGGGCACAAUCGGGGAUACGAGAAGGAGGAGGAGGAGGAGGAGGAGGAGGGCGGGAGGAUGCUGGUGACCGAGGCGUGGGCCCACGGCAUCGAGAGGUCCGCGGUGCCUCGGGGACGCCCCCGAGGCACCGCGGCCGGGAACAAAAACACGAGGCGACAGCGCGGCCGGGAGCAGGGGGAGGCUGCAGAUCCUGACCUCCCUGCGUCGUGGAUCGCGGCGGGAGGUUCUCGACCUUUCGGCCUCGUGUGGGGAGGGCUGGCGGGGCCUUGGAGCCGUCGAGGCGAGCUUGAGGUGGAGAAGCAAGCCACCAGAGAAUCAAAGGUUGACCGCGGCGGGAUCCAGGAGGCUGGCCGGGACCUCUCAAGGCGGCAGUAGGACUUCUUCUCAUCAGACACCCUUCGCUCAGCGACUGGAGCACCACAGGUGGAACACAUCAGGUCAAUUCGAAAAUACGCAGCAGAAGCCAAUGCUGGAAAAAAAAAAGAUUUCGAUUUCAGGCUGCAAGUCGCUUGCAAGUGCUUACAUGCAGCCGAAGGAGGUGGCAAAGCGGCCACCCCACCUUGCACACCCUUUUCCAGAGGGUAAGGGAAGAGGAGGGGCAGGAUUAUGUGCAAGACGUGCAAGACAGUCGGGUGUGGAGGAGGGGCCACAUAAAGUCUG